AUGGUGAGUGUAAUAGCAGUUCUUUCUCAGCAACGCUUCUCGCAGAAUCUUGUUCGCGUCAACUGCCACAUUACCCGCGCGCACACACACGAGCAGAGCCUACAACUACAAUGGCUUGAUUCUGGCAUCAUCUCCUCUUCCAUCGCCCAGACCGACUUUGUCAACCGCUUUGGCAAUGGAACUCUAGCGGACAAUACAGCAGGCGGAAUUGUAUCAUCCUUUACAGGAGGCGCCAUAGUUUCAUCACUCUUUCUCAAUGUGCUCUCUGACAAGUACGGCCGACGUGCUGCCAUCUUUCUUGGGGCCCUGUUGGCCUGUUUAGGAGGCGCACUGCAGGGCGGUGCAAACAACGUGGCCACUAUUAUUGUGGGCCGCGUAAUCGCUGGCCUGGCUAUUGGGCUGCUAUCGGCCACGAUACCAAACUACUGUUCAGAGGUCGCACCUCCCAAGUUUCGAGCCCUUCUUGCUGGGUUGCAACAAUGGAAUAUCGGCCUUGGGUUCGUUUGCGCCCAAUGGAUCGGCUAUGGAAGCUCGCUGGUCCACGGCCCUUUCAGCUGGAGAUUUCCACUUUCAUUUCAAGUGCUGCCGGCCCUAGUCCUCGCAGCGGGAAUUUGGUUCUUGCCCGAGAGUCCUCGAUUCCUCGCCGAGCGCGGAGACACACUCCAUGCUCACGCAAUCUUGGAAAGACUCCAUCGCAAUCAUGAACUUGUCGAAGCCGAGUACAGGCGCAUUCAGGACAAUCUUGAAGCCGAGCAAAAGUCUCGCAUGGGGUGGCUCGACAUGUUUCGAGAAUCACGCCUCCGACGACGAGUGCUGUUGGCAUGCGGGAUACAGCUUUUCACGAUAACGUCGGGAAUCAACGUCAUCAACUAUUACGGACCUAGGAUUUACAGUUAUCUUCAUUUUAGCACGACCAGGUCUCUAAUGAUUAUUGGAAUAUACGGUGCCCUUGCCCAGGUCUACAAUACGAUCUGCAUCGCAUUUGUGGACCGAGUGGGACGAAGAAAACUUCUAAUUCCGUCCAUGAUUGGCAUGGGAGCAGCACUAUGCGUCAAUGCGACCCUAUCGCAUUUCUACAUCGACGGAAACCAAGACCCCAGCCGCAACGAAAACGCCCUGCGCGCGUGUGUGGCCAUGUAUUUUGUCUUCUCGGUCUUUUUCACCAGCCUUGGGUGCAUUUCCUGGAUUUUCAGCAGCGAGGUGUUCCCAACGGCAAUCCGGGCAAAAGGCACUUCGUUGUCCACAUUCACCAACUGGGCAGUCAAUUUGAUCUUCGCACAGUGCUCGCCCAUUGCACUUUCGGGGAUGGGUUACCGGUACUUCUAUAUCUUCACAGCCUUUAAUUGGGUCGCUGCAGCCGUGGUCUAUUUCUUCUAUCCUGAGACACAAGGGCAUACUUUGGAGACCGUGAAUGAAUUGUUCGGUGAUCUCCAGCUUCGAAGUUCCGCAGACUCAACCGGGAACGUCACCUUUGCUGCUGCCAUGAACGAGGACAAAGUUGUGGGUGAAGAACAAACACCACCGACCAGAUCAGAUCCGCUUUCUGAGUCGAUGAAAGCCUUUGAGUCGACCGGGGGGCGCCCCUGCAGUCAACAAAUUGAUCCUGCCUGA